AAAAAGUAAUAUUUAUCAUUCAGUAGGCAUUCAAGUCUUUAGAGAUACUGGAUUAUCAUAUUCAUGAUGUAUUUCUCUGGACAUUUUAAUAGUUUCCCUUUCUAAAAAAAUACAAUGAUACUUUAUGAAGAAACAUAGAAACUGUCAUCAAGGGGACAUACAGAUUGAUUGACCCUAAACACAAGAUCUUGCUAAUUGGAUUCUUCUGGUGAAAUCAUAACAUGGCUCCUCUAAUGUAUCAUUUUGCAUAUUAUAAAUUAAACUUGUGAUCUCUUUCGGGUAGAUUUACACAACAGCUUUUAUUAAAAUCAGUGAGAUGUCAUCUGUCAUUUUAGUAUACUGAAUCUUUCAUGAAGUCUUAAAUAAUUCCUGCAGAGAAUUAGUAUUACAGGUUUCCAUACCAUAUAUUGUCAUUUUCUCCAAAUUAUAAAAAGCAGGAUAGGCAUACAAUAUAUCUGAAGCAUUUGUGAAAUUAUUAAUCAAGGAAAGAAAUUAGGAUGGAAGGAAGAACAUUUUAUUGACAUAUGUUUGCUCCUAUAUAACAUUUAUAUGGGUCCCUGUGGACUUUCAGUCUGGGCUAGCAUCAUAUCAGAGAAACGCUAUCUGUAUGAUACUCACUUCUAAGCAAAUAUGCUUUAGAAGGCUACAGUUUUAUUUGAGAUUAUUUGAUACUACCUUUGGAAUGUAAUUAAAGCCUUGGUACAGUAUGUUCCAUAUUAUUAUGAAGAUCACAUUGUUUAGCACAACAAAGUAAGCAAGCAAUAUUUUACAUUUUUAAAAUUUCUAAUCUAUUUAUUUUACUAUAAACUCAUUCAUAGUCCACCUAUCCCAGUUCAGUGGAUUAUAUACAUGAAUAAACAUACAUUGUCCUGUUAGAACCUAGCCAGUAUUUUCUCAAAAGUUUAUCUGUUCAUAUCAAAAAUGAGGUCUUCUUAAACAAAAAAAGUUGCCUUGAAAGGAGGAAAAUCUGGCAUCUGCAUACUCUUCUUUUUUAAAGAAUAUUUUUCUCUGAGUUUAGUUCCCAGAUCAUUAAUGAGCAACACAGUGCAGUGAGUUAGUUGCUGUCCCUGAUACAUGCCUUUACAUGCCCCCUGUAUGCAAAUGGACCAGACAUUUGGCUUCCCCAAUCACAACUAGGUGAAAACCAUUUCAGCCACUGUGCUGGUACCAACUUAUGGAAAAAAGCAACAAGAUAAUCUGGACUUGUUACAGGUUUAUUCCUGAGUCUCCUCGGUGGCUGAUCUCUCAAGGAAGAAUUGGAGAAGCUGAAGCUAUUAUUCGGAAGGCUGCAGAAAUAAACAAGAUCCCAGCCCCAGCAGUACUUUUAGAUCCAGUGGAGGUAGAAGAUUUGAAAGCCAAGCAACAUCAGGGUGUGCUUUUGGAUUUGUUCAGAUCACGAAACAUUGCAAUUAUGACUAUUAUGUCUCUUCUUUUAUGGAUGUUUACAUCUAUUGGCUAUUUUGGCUUGUCACUCAGCACACCCAAUCUGCACGGAAAUGCCUACUUCAAUUGUUUCCUGUCAGCAGUCAUUGAAGUCCCAGCCUACGUGAUUGCUUGGCUUCUCCUACGGAUCUUGCCUCGACGUUAUACGAUAUCUGGCACCCUCUUCUUAGGAGGAGGCGUUGUUUUGCUCAUACAGCUAGUACCUACAGAUCUCCACAUUCUGUCUCUCAUAUUAGUGAUGCUGGGGAAAUUUGGGAUCACAUCUGCCUUCUCCAUGCUUUAUGUCUACACUGCAGAACUCUACCCAACCAUAGUAAGAAACAUGGCAGUAGGUGCUGCUUCCAUGUCAUCCCGGGUGGGCAGCAUUAUUGCACCAUACUUUGUUUUUCUGGGUGCCUAUGGUAGAUUUCUGCCUUACAUCCUCAUGGGCAGCCUAACGGUAUUGGUAGGGAUUCUCACCCUCUUCUUUCCCGAAAGUUAUGGGAACCCUCUGCCAGAGACAUUUGAUGAGAUGCUGCAAAUUAAAGGAUUCAAAAACAGAAAACACCUCUACAAAGUAGAGAAUUCAGAGCAAAAUGAACUGACCAUCAAGAAUCUGAGAUCAUUUUGAUCAUAUCAGUUGAAUGGACAAAUUCAUGGUUAACUGUAAUUUUAAAGAUACAUGAAAGUCAGUAACACUACUAGAGAGACUUGCCCUAAUGAUCCUGCAGUUCUCAAAAACACUGAUGUACCAAAUAUGUGGAAUUGCUGUUAAAUUGCUGUGUUGGCACAAGUUACUUUUAUCAGUAAUUAUUUCUAUUCCUUGGUUUGGGAUUUGCAUUUUUGUGAGGUCUUGAGUAUUUUCAUCUCUUCUUGAGGUGUAGGGAUUAUUUUAUUGCGGUAUAUGUAUUUUUAUACUUUAUAUAACAUUUUAGUUUAUAAUAUGUGUUUCUUUGAACUCCAAAUGGCACUUUUAAAAUGCUCUAAAGUCUGGAUUAAGAUACUAUAAUGUUAUGCUUUAGAAAAUAAAUGGCAGCAUCUUUUAUGCAUAGGGCUUUAUCUUGUAAGGCUCACUUGAACAUUUUUUAAAAGAAAAAUAACUUUAAAAGAGAACAUUGACUAUAAUAAAAUGUCAUUAUAAACUUUAAAAGUUAUUUUUAAAAGCAAAGCACAUGUUUUGAAAGUAGAAGUAACCUAUAACAAUAUUUUCCUCCAUCAACCUGAAAAUAGUUCUGAAAAUCCACAGUCCUAAAACCAACCAUCAUUAGCUUGUUAUACUGUGUCUUUGACUGUCAAAGAGAGAACAAUGCCCACAAUAUGUAGACACAAUUUCUCUACUCUGCAUUCUGGUUACUUAUAUGUUAUAAGCCAAAUUCAUUCACUGGGCCCAAAUACAGCUCUUUAAUUGAUUAUUUUCUUCAGUGAGAAAUAUUAUAAAUCAGGUAAUACCUUGGAUGGAAGUUGGCCUGCCAGAAGAAACUGGAUUUUUUUAAAAAAUAUUUACCCAUUUUAGGUUUUUUAGGACAUGAUAAAGCAAGUACUUAAAAAUGACUGCAUAUAUGAGCUUGUGAGCAAAUUCUCUGCUGAGAAAGUAAUAUUGAUAAGAUAGUGAUUAAGAUCAGGUAUUCACACAAGAAUCAGAUUUUUACAUACAGUAGCAAUUUGUUACCCAUUUAACACUUAAAUUCUUUCUCUGUUUUUUGCCAACAAAAUCAUAUGCCCACAUCUAUUCUUUGGUUUAAUGGCUCAAAAUGGCUAUUUUGAUGAGGAACAUUUAUAUGAAAAUGCAAAGUACUGUAAUUCAUAUGUUACCAGCAUCAUGGGAGGAAACAAGCUUUCCUGCUUUUACUGCUUGAGUAUUGUUCCUGGUAAUGUACUAAUCAGAUUUAAUUCAUUAAAAAAAGUAUGCAAUCCA